GCGGCUCCCACAGUGGGACCGGCCGGACCGGUCCGGCGCCAGACGGGUGCUGUGAGUCGGAGAGUUCGCACCAUACGCCCGGGACUCCGCUCGCAGACAUGAAGUUGCUGGUGGUGGCUGCGCUGGUCGUGCACGCGGCCAGUGCCGUGAGUUUCUUCUCGCUGGGCCCGAACUUCAGCCAGCUGAACCGGCUGGAGGCGGCCGCCGACAGCUGGGAGCAGAUGGUCGCCUUCCAGGAGUGGUACGAGUUCAAGGAGACGCACGAGAAAGCGUACGGCUCGGAGGAGGAGGAGAGCUUCCGGCUCUCCAUCUACAACCAGAACAAGAAGCUCGUCAACGACCACAACCUGCGCUACGAGCUCGGCCAGCACAGCUACAAGCUGAAGCUGAACCAGUUCGCCGACCUGACUGCCAGCGAGUACGCCAAGAUGAUGAACGGCUACCAGCACGAGCGGAAGCGUCGCGGCGAGGCGCCGGUCCACCUCCCGCUGGCGCCCGAGAUCCGGCUGCCGGCCACCGUCGACUGGCGCAACAAGGGCGCCGUCACGCCCGUCAAGGACCAGGGCCAGUGCGGCUCGUGCUGGGCCUUCUCGUCCACGGGCGCCCUCGAGGGACAGCACUUCCGCAAGACGGGUCGGCUGGUGUCGCUCAGUGAGCAGAACCUGGUCGACUGCAGCACCAGCUUCGGCAACAACGGCUGCGACGGCGGCCUCAUGGACGACGCCUUCAAGUACGUCAAGGCCAACGGCGGCAUCGACACGGAGGCGUCCUACCCGUACGAGGCCGAGGACGACACGUGCCGCUUCAACAAGCAGGACGUGGGCGCCACCGACAAGGGCUACAUGGACAUCCCCGAGGGCGACGAGCAGGCGCUGAAGGAGGCGGUGGCCGUGCACGGACCCAUCUCGAUCGCCAUCGACGCCAGCCAGUCGUCGUUCCAGUUCUACCACAGCGGUGUGUACGACGACCCCAACUGCUCCAGCAUGCAGCUGGACCACGGCGUGCUGGCCGUCGGCUACGGCUCCGAGGGCGGCCGCGACUACUGGCUCGUCAAGAACAGCUGGUCCGAGAACUGGGGCGACCAGGGCUACAUCAAGAUCGCCCGCAACGAGAACAACGUGUGCGGCGUGGCCUCCAGCGCCAGCUUCCCCCUCGUGUAGGGCGACGGCGCCAACUCCUGAGCGUUGCCUGUCUUCUCGCUGACAAGGAUAUAGGCUAGCGCGACGACUGGGCGCCAGGGAAGAUUCUCAGCAUUGUAUUCCACGAUUGCCGUCACUUCAGGUUCAUUCAUGCAUGGGCUGUGUGGUUUUUGUGCCAGUGACAAACCUGAUUAUAUGCGACACACUCUGUAUCUCAGUUGAAUACACGUCAAUAUUUUUAUGAA